AUGCCAAGUCGUUCUGACUCGACUGAACUUGAUAAGCGGGACUUGCUUAUGAAAGCGCUGAAUAUUCCCGACUACUCUUCUCAACUCAACCAAGACCUGGCUUCCGCGGAAAGGGAGGGUAACCGUCUUGAUGAGAAAUAUAAGGACAAACUCGAUCGUCUCAGGGACGCAAUCAAGACACGGUGCAAAGAGAAAGAAGCAGCAUCGGACCUUCUUUUUAUAGAUUGCGACGCUGCGGACCAUAGGAUCCCCGGCCUGGCAUGUUGGAAAAUGAUCAGCACUUGUCCGUGGAGUGAAGAGGACUGUAUAAUCUACCAUUUCUGCAGCAGGCACACAUUAUCAAACGAUCCAAUGAGAGGACUACAGGACCUUGUGAAAUCCCUUAUUUGGCAACUUUUGAAAAAGACCGAUAUCAAAAUCAAAUCCUCUAUCUUCAGAGAACUACAAAAGGACGCUGGAGUCUCAAAUCUUCGAAUCCUUCGCCGCCUCCUGAAGGAGUACUUUAAACAGAAGGGAGAUUGGAUCCUUGCCUGCGUCAUUGAUGGUGCUGAAUGUUUUGACACCAGAGAAUGGAGAGGUGAAAUGGAGGCGGUCUUCAAACUUCUAUGCGAGAUAUGCCCGGAGGAGAUUUUCAAGGUUUUCGUCACCUGUCCACGAGAAAACGUCGUUAUCCACGGGGACAAAUCGCUUACUAGCUUCAUGUUCUGGGAUGAAAAUUUGAAGAGAUACGUGGUGGAGUCUACAUAA